AUGAUUGCGAGACGGAAUCAGACGAGCGAUAUCGAAAGUGUCAGAACAAAAGCUGAGUAUCCAGAAAAAAGAUCAAGUAGAGAAAAGAAACUAUGUGUAGCCGUGGUAGUUCUUCUCAUCUUAGUCUUAGCUCUUUUAAUUGCAGUCAUUAUUUUAGCCAUUUUAGAUACAAGACCUGAAAUGGAAGAAAUCUGCACAGAACCUUAUUGCGUAAAGUCGGCAAAUUUUAUAUUGAGUUCCAUGAAUAAUUCUGUCGAUCCGUGUGAAGAUUUUUAUCAAUUCAGUUGUGGUAAAUGGAUAGAGGAUCAUUCGGAAGAUCACGGAACAAGAACAUUAAGUGUUGCCUCGGAAAAGUUGGAAAAAAUUCUAAAAGAGAUAUUUAAAUUAGAAAAACAAAAUGAAGAUUCACCCAAUAGUGUAAAAAAAAUCAUAAAAGCUUUUGAUGCUUGCACAGAACAUGAUGACUUCAAUACAGAAAACAAAGAAUGGAUAAAAAAAGUGACUAACGAAGCUGGUGGAUUUCCUUUGAUAGACACCAAUUUUCGUAGCUCAUUCUCUCGCUGGACCGAAUUGUAUUCGAAGCUUAUUAAAACUUAUAUUAUUAAUUCUCCUCUGCAGAUAUUUAUUCUUAUAAAUCCAUUAAAUACAAGUGAAAAUGUGAUACACAUGUCUCAACCGACUUUAAACGACAAAACAGAAAUAACGAGAAACACAUUAACAAAACUUACCUAUACUUUUGGAAACACAAAUAAUGCUUCCAUACAAAAGGAUAUUGAUGAUGUAUUUUGGUUAAUAAAGACAAUCGCUAAUUUAUCGCGUUCAGAUGCUGAAGUAAUGGAAGACAAAAGUGAUCAUCAAUUGGUGACAAUUGAAGAAUUAAAUUCGAUUUUUUCCGAGGUGGAUUGGUUACCUUUUAUAAGAGAUAUUUUUAAAGAUUUUCUAAAACCAGGAGUGACCAUCACUGCACAGGAUUAUGUAUUUUUAAAUGGAAAGAAAUAUAUUAAAAGUAUCAUAGAUCUUUUUGAAAAGAAUUACAUUUCCGAAAGAUAA